AUGCGACGUGCUCAUAAGUUUAAACCGAAUUCUGGAGAGCAAAUACGUAAAAUCAUCACGAAGUGGAAGCAGGCCACGACAGCAAUUGCGCGUAGAAAGGGAUUGCGGCCACGCGUUCUAGCCCAUGAGGCAAGCCACUCGGUCAAGCCGCAGCCAGUCAGAAGUCGCGCGGCGCAGCCUUGUGAUGCCCUCAAAUAUGUGAUGAAAAAGCUCAUGAAAGUCUCACCAGAGCAGCUCUCAACUUUCGCACCAGAACCCAGAUCGAUUCCAGGCGGUUAUCCAUACGCAAAAGAUCAUUACUGCUCGCAGAACAAAUCGCGCAUCAUGUCCUCCGGCAGCGAGAACCCGCCACCCUCGUACAACGAGGCCACAUCGCAGGCGACCAGCGGCAGCCUCCGCGACGAGGUCCGGCCCGAGGGCUGGGUCGAGGGCUACGUGGAACCUCCGCGCGCAGCUCAUCAAGCCUCCGAAUACCGUCCUCCGGCGGCGGCGACCGAGAAGCCCGCGCAAGCUACAGGAAUAGCAGCGCUGGACGGAGAGCGCGGCAACGCUGCAGAGGAGAGCGCGCAGGACACAGCGACGGACCAGUCUCGCUCCCGGCUGGCCUUUGGCGGCCUGGACCUCGGGGGCCGUGUGCUCGGGUACGGCAGCGGCAACGACGUCGGCGGGUGGGGUGUCAAGAUUGGGCCGGUGCUGUUCGGCCUGGUGGAUGUGGAAGAGGAAAAGCAACGGCGGGAACGGGAAGAGGGCGGGAGAAGCUGA